GCGGCGCCUUGUUGCGAGGUUCUGCUGCGUCUGGUUCGGGAUGCGCUGAGAGAGGUCGCCGGCGAGCUGGGGCAGCCGCCGCCCCUUCUCAGGUGUGAAUGACAGAGGAGGUGCCCCCGACUGCACUCAGCGAGAUAUAUCUUCGCCUGUUGUGUCAUGAUGACAUAGAUAUGGUCAAACAGCUCUGUGGUGAUUGGUUCCCCAUUGAAUAUCCUGACUCAUGGUAUCGGGACAUAACCUCCAACAAGAAGUUUUUUUCCCUGGCAGCAACUUACCGUGGCACCAUUGUGGGAAUGAUAGUUGCUGAGAUUAAGAGUCGAGCCAAAGUGCACAAAGAGGAUGGUGAUAUUUUAGCUUCUGGUUUUCCAGUCGAUACUCAAGUUGCUUACAUUUUAAGCCUAGGAGUGGUAAAAGAAUUCCGCAAGCAUGGCAUAGGUUCCCUUCUGUUGGAAAGCCUGAAAGAUCACAUUUCAACCACGGCCCAGGAUCACUGCAAAGCCAUUUAUCUGCACGUCCUUACCACGAACAACACGGCAAUUCAUUUCUACGAAAACAGAGACUUUAAGCAGCAUCACUACUUGCCCUACUAUUAUUCCAUCAGAGGGGUCCUCAAAGAUGGCUUCACGUAUGUCCUGUAUCUCAAUGGUGGACACCCGCCGUGGACAAUUUUUGACUAUCUUCAGCACAUUGGUUCGACCUUGGCCAAUCUGAGCCCCUGCACAAUUCCCCAGCGGAUUUACCGCCAAGCCCAGAGUAUUCUCUGCAGCCUUUUGCCAUGGUCAGGCAUUUCAGCCAAGAGCGGCAUUGAAUACAGCCGGACCAUGUGAUCCUAAGGGAGGUCCUUCUUGGCAUCACCGCAAUUGUACACCUCCAUGGUGAGAAGCUGGCAGUGGUUCUGGACCCUCAACGCAUCGUGGACUUGGCAGAAUUUCUCCUCUUGCUAUUGCUAGUUUCCCACCUUUAGCCCGAGCAGAAGGAGAAGCAGGCGGGCGAUGAACACAGUUUUGCAGCACCAGCGCUGCGGGGGGGAAGUGGCUGCUCCUUCCUG